AUGGCUAAACAACGCGAUACGCAGACUGCCAGCAAUCCCGCAACCGCGAUCAACCCGAAGCAAUCUUCCACAACCAAAAUGCCUAAAGCGAGCGCAAAGAAUACCAAGGCUAAGGGCCGUGGAGCCGAGAAGAAGAAGAAGGACCCCAAUGCUCCCAAGCGUGGCCUCUCUGCCUACAUGUUCUUCGCCAACGAGCAGCGUGAGAACGUCCGCGAGGAGAACCCUGGCAUUAGCUUCGGCCAGGUCGGCAAGGUGCUCGGUGAUAAGUGGAAGGCCCUGAGCGACAAGCAACGCGAGCCGUACGAGAAGAAGGCCGCCGCCGACAAGAAGCGAUAUGAGGACGAAAAGGCGAAAUACAACGCUGGCGAAGACGAUGAUGACGAGGACUAA